AUGAAGACAGAUGCACUAAGCACAACUCUGUUCAACAAUGGCAGUGCCUACAGCGCCUGCUUCGAGAUCACCUGCGUGGAAGACGCCCAGUGGUGCAUCCACGCCGUGAUCACCAUCACAGUGACGAACCUCUGCCCACCGAACUUCGCCGAGCCGAAUAACAACGUCGGCUGGUGCAACCAACCGCUGGAGCAUUUCGAUCUCUCUGAGCUGAUUUUUCUCCACAUCGCGCAGUACAGGGCAUGGAUCGUUCCGGUUAUGUACAGGCGGGUGGCGUGCAUAAGAAAGGGAGGGAUGAGGUUCACUAUCAUUGGGAGCGGGUCCUUCAAUUUGAUUAUUGUGAGUGACGUCGGCGGUCGCGGUGAUGUGGCGGCGAUGGUAGUGAUGGAGGAGGAAAAAGGUAGGUUGAUACACCAAUAA